CGACGUUCUUUAGGAAUUUAUGCACAUGUCCCUUGAAAAUGUUCACACUUGAAGCUUCAAUUGCCUUUCGAGGGAGAAUGUUCCAGUAGUUGACCACUCUCUGGCUAAACCAGAACUUCCUGAGAUUAAAAGGUUGGAUCUUGAUUUGUACAGUUUAAGAUGGUGACCCCUGUCCUGUGCUGCAUGGUUGACAAAUCAAAGAAGUGUUCAGGGUUCAAGCCCUCAAGGCCCCUGAGUAUCUUAAAGGUCUCGAUAAGAUCUCCUCGCAGCCUCCUGCACUCCAGGGUGGUCAAUUUCACUUCCCUGAGUCUGUCAACAUAGUCUAGCUUAUCAAUCAUACAAAGUAACAAGUGAGCAUCAUGUCUUCAACUGAAGAUGAUAGCAGCAUCCCAAUCUUACCCUCUGACUCGCCAGGAAGCUCUGUCUCAACCACAUUACAGGAUGAAUACCAGGAGUUAUUGAAGUACGCUGUAGUCACCCCUCACUACGAUCCGGCCAACUUACCUCAGUCUCUUGCUCAAGCAGCUCAUGCUUUUUCUGGGCGGCAACGACAAGACGAACUCAUCUUCGAAGAUUCCACUGGUUCAGAGGCAACAACAACAACAACAACAACAGAGGCAAGCUCUAGUGCUGAGGCUCUUAGAGGCAAAGAGAGCAUUCAGGCCGUACAGGGUUCCACCACUGAUGAGGAUAUCUCAGACAAUGGGAUGUCACAGACUACAGGGGAGAGGGAACCAAGGAGGCGUAUUCCAGAUCAAAUGACCCCAGUACGGUCCUACAUGAGCGGUCUGGUUGCCACAGCAACACCAGAGACACCAGACUCUGAUGCGUCCACAUUAUCAGAGUCGGACCUGUCAAGAGGCAGUGGAAUGUCGCCCUCUGUUGACCAGGACUUGGCCAGGAUGGAGGCAAACCUUGAUAAUUGGAGUCUGGACUUGAAGCGCAAUGUUCUGGCUGAGCUGAGCCAGUCAAAGAUAUUAUUGAUUGAGCGACAUCGACAAGAGAUACGAGUCAUCAAGGACAGACACGGUCGAGAUAUCGACCACCUCCAGAAUGAGAUUGGGAAUCUGAAGGAGCUUCUACACACGUAUGAGGUGUCCAUCGAGCGCAAGGACGGCGUAGUGUCCAAUCUAACGAGGGCGCUGCAGAGACAAAAAGAACGAUUUGAAAUGCUGAGAACGUUUCAGGCUUGGAAACUGAGACACAGUGAGGAUCGCAGAGAGACUUUCACUAGCAAGCUAGCUGUCAGGCAGCGUGAACGACGCCAGAUGACUAAAGUAUGGGGUGCUUGGCACAGUCUGAUCGAAGCUAAAUGGAAACAACGUGUUGAGAAGGCGUGCCAAUCCAAAGCCCAAGAAGUUUGUAUGUCACUCACCAAUGACUACGAGACACGACUCGCUUCGUUGAACGAAGCACUGGAGUCAUCGCGUACUGAGGUGACGCGGCUCCACGCUGAGAGAGACAUGUACGAGGAAACAAUGAAGAAAGCGUUCAUGCGAGGUGUGUGCGCCCUCAAUCUGGAAGCCAUGACAAUGUUCCAUGAGAAUGAAGAUAACGGUGGGAACAGUCGACCUAAAUCUGAUGAUGCCCACCGACACCAAUUGCCAACUUCGACAGGAGCACCCCACAACCCCCACCCGGUGGCACCCCACACCUCUCACCCAGUGGCUGGAAUCAUCAACACAGAGCCCCAGUCACGUACCGUUACGAGCCAGGGUGCAACCACCCAAGGCACAGUCACCCAGAGUAGUUCAGGAGCAAUCGGCAAAAGUGGGUCGUCAGCUUCUAGAGCAGCUCACAGCUACAAGACGACAAAAACCAUCACAGCUCGAGUCUCUACGAGGCCAGAUACUGCGAGGUCAGGGCAGUCGAGUGGAGCAAGCUUAGCUCCCCCUAUGAGUUCAGUCAUGGUCGAGAGACAUCACCCUGUUACACAGCAAACCAUUGGCCAUGCGAUGGCUUCCCAAUACCCUGUAACAACAGGCGUGGCAUCUAUGAGUAGGGACUCCGCCCGUCAGACACUCCAAGGCCACGCCCAAUCCUACCAGCAUGUUCCUAGGCAGCAACCAUCGGGCGUGGCCCAGAGGAAGAUCGCAGGGCAGAGUGGGCGUGUGGCACUGACGUCAACUCCCAACAUCCACACAGUAAAAGUGGUCCACUAGACCAAAAAUAAACGCAGCCAUCUUUGUUGGGUUCCCAGUAUACCGGCAGGCUCAUUGUACAUGACAACAGAAAUUCAACACAGAAAAGUUGAACAUAGAAAAAUAAUUAUAAACCUUUUUAAAGUGUUGCUUUUAUUCUUAUUUUGUACUUCUUUUUUUUUUUUACAGAAUUGUCUCAUGUUUUUUUCUUAAAUCAAAAAGGACUGUGUUAUAAGCCCUGUUUUUUAGUAUAACAAUGAAUUGUGAACUUUAUGCAUAUAUUUGUCCUGUUUUUGUUUUUUGCAGAUUUGUUAUUACAUUUUUGUUGGCCUGAAGGUACGAACAUUAAAACACACUGGACACAAUUGGUAAUUGUCAAAGACCAGUCUUCUCACUUGGUGUAUCUUAUCAUAUACAUAAAAUA